AUGGCACAAGAACAGCUGAAAGUGCUAAAUGCACUAGAUGUUGCAAAGACACAAUGGUACCAUUUCACUGCAAUUAUUGUUGCUGGAAUGGGAUUCUUCACUGAUGCAUAUGAUCUCUUUAGCAUUUCCUUAGUCACAAAACUUCUUGGCCGCAUAUAUUACACUGAGCCUGGUUCACUUAAGCCAGGGACUUUACCUCCCAAUGUCUCAGCUGCUGUUAACGGCGUUGCAUUCUGUGGGACUCUCAUGGGGCAGCUCUUCUUUGGGUGGCUCGGGGACAAACUGGGUCGAAAGAAGGUCUAUGGUAUGACACUAAUGAUGAUGGUCUUAUGCUCCUUUGCUUCAGGUCUUUCAUUUGGGCAUGAUGCUAAGGGUGUCAUGAUAACUCUUUGUUUCUUUCGAUUUUGGCUUGGAUUUGGGAUUGGAGGAGACUACCCACUUUCUGCCACCAUCAUGUCUGAAUACUCCAACAAGAAAACUCGUGGAGCCUUCAUUGCCGCGGUUUUUGCUAUGCAAGGAUUUGGAAACUUGACUGGUGGUAUAUUUGCUCUUAUAGUAUCAAGUGCCUUUAAGUCUGCAUACCCUGCUCCUGCUUAUGAGAACAAUGCAGCUGCCUCAAUGGUACCACAGGCUGACUAUGUGUGGAGGAUCAUUCUAAUGUUUGGUGCUAUUCCUGCUCUGCUAACUUACUACUGGCGUGCCAAGAUGCCUGAAACUGCUCGUUACACUGCACUUGUUGCCAAAAAUACUGGACAGGCCGCCUCUGAUAUGUCUAAGGUAUUACAAGUUGAGAUCAAAGAGGACCAAGAAAAGGCAGCAGAAGUAGAAGAAAGGAGCAAGAAGCAAUUUGGUUUAUUGUCUAAGCAAUUCUUGAAACGACACGGUCUUCACUUGCUUGGAACUGCCACAUGCUGGUUCUUACUAGACAUUGCAUUCUACAGCAACAAUCUCUUCCAAAAGGACAUAUUUAGCGCGGUAGGUUGGCUACCAAAAGCUCAGACAAUGAGUGCUCUUCAAGAGGUCUACAUGGUAGCUCGAGCACAAACCUUAGUGUCUCUAUGUGGGACUGUUCCAGGGUACUGGUUCACAGUAGCCUUCAUCGAUGUCGUGGGUCGUUUCAUUAUUCAAUUGAUGGGAUUUUUCCUUAUGACAGUCUUCAUGUUUGGACUUGCUAUCCCUUACAACUAUUGGACUACCCCUGGGAACCACAUUGGGUUUGUAGUCAUGUAUGCUUUCACCUUCUUUUUUGCUAACUUUGGUCCCAAUGCUACCACUUUUGUGGUGCCGCAGAGAUCUUCCAGUCGUUUCAGGUCCACUUGCCAUGGGAUAUCGUCUGCUGCAGGGAAAGCCGGUGCCAUUAUUGGAGCAUUCGGGUUCUUGUACUUGGCACAGCCUACUGAUCCAAGUAAGGCUGAUGCUGGAUAUCCUGCAGGUAUUGGAGUUAGGAAUGCACUUAUGAUAUUGGGUGGAAUUUGUGGACUUGGAUUCUUCUUUACUUUCCUUGUUCCUGAAGCUAAUGGAAAAUCCUUGGAAGAAAUGUCUGGUGAGAAUGAGGAUGAUGAAGUUGAAGAGUAUCAAUUGUCUGGGAUUGAUAAUAGACCCGUUCUAGUUUGA